CAGCCAGCGCCGCCCUCGCCCUCAGGAGACUCUGCGGGCCCCACGGUCUGCCGAUCACAGUGGGUCCUACAACUUCCUCACUUCCCUAAAUGGGCAGCUGCACUUUCAGAACCCCAGGUCCUUCCCUGGCAGACCUAAGUGGCCCGUCCCGCAGCGGCCUGGGACCCUAACCCGGGAGCGGGGGUGUCCUGGCCCCCUACUGGCCUGUGACUAUCCCCAACUGGAUGGAGCCAUGGCUCCCACAUUCCUGCUGCUGCUGCUGCUUCUACUGUGGCUCCAGGACCCUGUCCCAGGUGUCCCGGCUGAAAGCGUGUACACUAAAGUGCAGCACCUUGAAGGGGAGACUCUGUCUGUGCAGUGCUCCUACAAGAGCCGCAAAAACCACGUGGAGGGCAAGGUAUGGUGCAAAAUCAGGAGGAAGAAGUGCGAGCCUGGAUUCACCCGGGUCGGGGCGCGGGGGCCGCGCUACCUGCUGCAGGAUGACGCCAAGGCCAAGGUGGUCAGGAUCACCAUGGGGGCCCUCAGGCACCAGGACUCGGGCCGGUACUGGUGCAUGCGCAACAGCUCGGGGACCUUGUACCCUCUGAUGGGCUUCCUUCUGGAGGUGUCUCCAGCCUCCACCACCAGGAGGAGCACUCCUCCCACACAGCUGGCCAGCAUCCUCCAGGGCGGAAUUGUCGUCACCACAGCCCCAGCCCCCACCUCGGGCCCCGAUGCCCCUUUCACCACCAGUGUGACAGUGUUCACACCUGGGCUCUUCACCUUGACGAGACUCGUGCCCUCUGCUGCCUCGGGGUCCAUCAGACUGACCUCCAUGACAGGCUACAGCUUCACCAGCACUGGCCCCUCUACCACGGAGGCCGGGAGGACCGUGGGGCCCCACAUGGUGACUGUGCCCCCCAGCGAUACUGGAGCCUCCUCUGUCAGCCCAGAGUCCAUCUCCACCAGUGCUGGGCACCCACGCACCCAAUCACCCACCACGGGAAUGUGCCAUACCAGUGGGUCUCUCGUCGACACAUUAUCCCCUGCCAGGCACCAGGAUUCAUAUCGCAUUGUGUUGCUGGGGGUGCUGACCUUCCUCCUAGUGUCUGUGAUGUUGAUCAUGGUCUAUGGGUUCUGGAAGAAGAGACACAUCGGAAGCUACAGGGUGUGCAGCAAUCCUCUGAGAGCCUGGAGCGACCCACUUCGAAGCCCGGAGUUCCCACAGAAGCCUGCUUGGUCUGAGGCCACUUAACUGUGGAGUAGGAAGCUGCUCCUGGAGGGGCCCUGGGAGGCCAGGGCAGGAUGAAGAUGGGGGCCUGUGUGAGCUGGAGCCAGGCCAAUGCUGGACUCAGGCAUCCCCAGAACCAGACACUGCUCUUGGGCUGCCCAGUCCCCUUGGGCUGCCAGGAACCUGGGAAAGCACUCACAACGGAGGGAACCAGGCAGCAAACCGCAGGGGAAGCCCCCGAUGGGAUUCUGGUCCAAGCCACAGAGUCACGGCCCCUGGCUGGGUGGCAGAGAAGCCCUGUACAGAGCUCAGUUCCCAUGGGCCUUGGAACCCUUUGGAUGGAGCAGAGGGGAGCUGGAGGGUGGGCCGCUGCCCUCUCCCCACCCUGACCCCUGUCUCCUCAGCCUCCUUCUGCUCCCCUCAAGCUUCCCCAUCUUCCAGGGGAUGAGAGAGUCCCAGAGGCAGCCAGUGUCUCAGGGGCCCUGCCCUGGAGGAGAACGAACAGUGACUAAGAGUUGGAGACCCACAGGGGUUUGGCUGCAGGGGACCCCAGAGCAGCCCAAGCCCCCAUACCCCACUCCCACCUUCGGGGCCCUGCGCCCUCUGACAGGCCUCUGGAUGUGCCCCACCUUGACCAUAGCUGCCUGUCUGUCAAGUCCUGGGAGCCAGCAAAGUCCACCCACCCAGCCACUGCUGCCUGCCACCGUUGAUCGGCCCUCUAGGGAGAGCUGUGACCAGGCUGCCCAGAGCCCCGUGGCUGCAUUCAGGGGCUCUCUCCCUCAGUUCUCAGCUGCAGGCCUGAACUCUCACAGAGGCUGAGGGCCCUUCAGAGUCCAUGGCAGGGGAGGCCACAGCUCAGAGAAGGGGUGGAUCGCCCCCACCCACCCCCAGGACUCAUUGUGCCCUGGGAGGAAGGGUGCCAUGUGGGACACAGCAAGGACAGCUUGGAGCUGAGCACAGCCUGGAGGAAUGCCUGGGGCUGGAGGAGAGGGGGACGAGGAAGAUGGAGCCAAGGAGGCUCAACACGGGUCCAGUGGCCCUAGGAGUGUGGCCUCUGCUUCUCUGGCUCUCCUCUCACACUUGGUCCCAUCUGCAGUGAAGGCUGAAGAGUAGGGGCUCUACCAGCUUGGAGCUACUGGAAUAAGCACCUAGGGAUCAAUGCGGCAUCUCCACUCCACUGCCCCUGCCCCCUGGAACAAAUGUCACUGUUAGGAGGGCGACGCAGCUAGGGCCUUGAUGGGUGGCUGGGGGGCCACUCUGGAAUGGAUGUGGGGAGAGAGGAAGGGACAGAAGGUAAUCCUAGAGGACAGCAGGGAAGAGGCAUCUCUUUCCUACAUCCAGGAGGGGGCACUAGAAGAGGGACUCAGAUUGAGGAACCCAGAAGCCUGGUGCCAGGACAUACUCAUGCACACACACACACACACACACACACACACACACACAUAUCCAUCCUCCCUAUCAGGAGGGUGUGGCCACGACCUUGGGGUGCAAGUAGGAGGGGGCUUAAUUUCCUGGGGAAAACCGUGCCCCUAGACCCCCACUCCAUUUGCGAUCCCACGACGGCACACUGACAGCCCUGCCUCUCCUGAAAGCAGGAUGUCCUGUGGGAGAGCGGCAGGGGGCUCAGGACUGGGACCCAGGGAUGCCGCCUGUCACUGUGUGAGCCUAUGCAAGUCACUAACCCUAUGGGGCCCCACUGUCCUCUCUUGUGAAAGAGGGCACUAACUCUACCUCUCAAGACUGCUUUCGAGCAUCAAGUGAAGUGGCAGGGACCUCCUGCCACCAACUAAAUGCCUUGUGAUUGCUGGUCCUCAAGCUCUUCUCCAGCUCUAGCAUGUGCUUUGUCUACACUUUGCACCAUAAAUUGGAAGGGGCUGGGGAGGGUAGAAGGGCACAGAGGCAGGCCUCAGGUGGUGGGUGCUGGACCUAGACGGAGGCCUUUGGCUGUGCCCUGAUGUCAGGGUAGCUGUUAGGGGACCACCCCCAUCCCUGUUGACAGAGGAUGAGAGGCUCCUGGAGUUGGGUGAGCUGCACCAGGUGCCCACCCUUGGAGGCUGCUCCCACAUGAGCUCCCCAGGAAGGACACAGGGCCCUGGGAAAGGGGUACAGAGCCCUGCCCUGGGGGGCUCCAGCUCUGCUGGGCCUGGGUGGCCUCCUCAGAGCCCCAGCCUCUCACUUUCUCCCUGUUCUUACCCUUUCCCCUAGAGCUUCAGGAGGACCCAGAUCCCCAGGGCAGGGAAGUGCUGGGCAGAGAGGGUUGCACACAGUCUGCUGCUGCUGUUAAUGGUUAAGGCAACAAAACUUCCUGAGCAUUCGGCUGUGACAGUGGGACACACCCAUGAAGGGCUUCCUGUCAUGACCAAGGGCCGGGACAUGAAAAGAAAACCCAGCACGGAGGCAUGUCUGCUGUGUGGAGCAUAGCAGACACAUCUGUCACCAUGGGACACCUGCGCCGGCAAGCAAGCCUCAAGUUCACGGUUCUCCCAGAUGGCUGCAAAAGGUUUCUCAGUCCAUAUCAGACUUGGGUCGGUUAGGUUCCUCCUUCAGGCUGAUGGACUUCUUGCCCCAGGGCUGGGAGUGGUGAGAGCGGGAAGGCCUCCCGUACCGCCCCCCUCUGGGGGCUGCCUCAGCUAAAGAGAGAGAGGGCUUGCCAAGUUCAGUCCCCCUCCCAGAGCAGCGGGUCAACCCUGACUGGCUGCCGCAGGCUCCAUAGCCCGGCAUCCCCCUGCCACCUUGGAGAGCAUCCUGUCUUCAGACCUCUCCACGUCCCGGCCUGAGCUUCCUGUUAGCCGGUCCUUUACCCAGCUUGGUCCGAGGGCACAUUAUGCCUCCUGUGCUAACCUCCACCUCAGAGUCUGAGCCCCACAAACCUGACCUGCCACAGUGCAUGUUUACAAGGUUUCCUCCUUCCUUGGUUGUUUAUUAACUCUACACAGCCUGUGGUGAUUGUUUUUCCUGUAGCUCUAAUGACAAUUAUUCUUAAAAUGUG